AUGUCGACCGGCAUGCCGACAUCUACGAUCUACCAGAUAAAUCAAGAAAACUGCGCUCCACCUCGCAGAGGGGGGCACCCCUCACGUCAGAAACGCUUCGGACCCGCACCGCUGGCUUCGUUUGAGGAUCUCCCAACCGAUGACCAGGACAGCUCGCCCGAAAACGAACCCGACUACCUCAGAAGAAAGCAACGAAGCGCUGAUCCGGUCUCUCUGAGACUAGAACUCAAUCCUGUCGCUCCGGGCCAGGGCUCAGAACUAUCGACGCCAGUCGCGCCAGACAGUGAUAUUGUUUCUCAGAUAACCAUCACCCCGAGUCUAGAUAGUAGAAACGUCUCACCAUUGCAAGGCUUUUUGCCACCCGAGGACAUACUGGUGGGCAGCAAUCCGACCCGUUCGUCGCUGACAACUUCAAUAACCGAAGAAAGCUCAUAUCGUGACGAAGACGUCGACGUACGUGACGCCGAGGCGCUUGGCAUCGACAUCGCGCAAAAGGCCGGUGGAGGAAGGGAACCUGUUGUUCUUGUUGAGGAUCCCUCGGAAAACGAGGACGACCCGAACAUGGCGAUCAGCAGCGAAGCACUCCUUGAGUCACUGCUCAAGUUCGAAGAAGAACGCAUUCCUCUGGCUGCCCGUCUCGAGAGGUCUUGCCAAUCGAUCGCCGACAUCCCGAGUGCUUCGCACUCGCGGAAAAACUCAGGGGUUCAGCCCGUGGCCCAAGAACCUGUGGAUGAAAGCGAGCAGAACCGGGAAGAAGAACCACAGCAAACGGCAUCCUCAGACAUCCCGAUACUCGGAGAAGUUCAGGAACCUAGCCCUGUGGGGGAUCAGGGCCAGGGGUGGGAUGCCGAAUCGGAGGGAGAUGAGCCCAAUGAUGACAUCGCCGAGCUUACGAAAAAGCCGAAUCGUAAGCCGAAACUACGAACUCAAACGAGCGAAGAUCGUUUCGAAAGCCUGCACCUGAUCCCUCCGCAAGAUUCGGUUGAUUUCGAUGACGAUCUCGAAGGAGAGCUCCUCGGUCUACAGCCGGAGCCGAACGAGACUCCUCGAACCCCCCAUAAGAACACUCCGAGGGCUCAAUUGGUCACUAUCCCAAUCGAAAGACCGAGGUCGACGACACCGAUAAACGUCGCACCUUUCGAAGCGUACAUUCAACAGGGAACGAUCGAGCCUGCGACUGAAGCGAGCGGACUCAAGUCCCCAGACAAAUUCAAACUCACGCUCCCCGGUCAAUCUUCGAACCUCAUCCGGAGUCCCCGGAAAGGUUCACUUCGGAAUUGGGAGGAAUUCUGCGAGGAGGCUCUGCAAUGCAGCCCUCGGGCGCGAUCCAAAUCUGACGCGGCUGUGAUUGAGAGCGGGAAAUUCUUCCCCGACCCUCAGGAUUUCUCGCCGGCUUCCCCACCGAGACUGCCCGAUGACGAAGACGACAUUCAAAGCCCGUCCGACUACCAAGAUCCGUUCAGGAGACGCUUGACGUGUUCCUGCAAGUGCCGGAUGUGCGCUUGCUCAUGUGAAGGCUGCGAUUGCGACUGCCAUUUCUACACUCAAAAGGUGUGCGAAGCUCAUCUCAAUGAUCCCAUGAGUAACAUCGCCGAGAUCAAUGGCGGUCCUCCACAAUCGCCGAAGGAAGACGAAGAGAACCUCAUAUCUCCAGACGAUCAGAACGCUGGUCCGUGUUUAUGCGAAUGUCACUCUCUGCCGAGGGAUACUUCGUGCCUUCUAACUGCCCCGCUGCUCGUGGCACAGUCGUCCCUAGACUCCUGUUGA